UAAGCUGGACAUUUUAAUUUUAAUAUAAGCUUUAACAGUUUUUGAAAACCGCGUUAUGUCUGGAUUUAUAAAACGAAACGUGAAAAACAAAUUCGCUCGUAAACGCCAACAAUCAUCUGGUUCAGAUAAUUCCGAGCCAGAAAGCAGUAUAGUUGUAUCCCAGGAAAGGAAACGAAAGGCUAAUCCAAAUGUUCAGAGCUCCACCGCUCUGAAAACUCGUCGCAAACCGGUAAACAGUGAUAAUUCCGGAAAUAGUUCAGACGACAGUGACGAAGUCGGUGUGAGUUACAAGUCAAAACGGUCUGCCGCGCCAGCUGGUCCCCAGGAUCAGGGCGCAACAGCCGAACUGGAGAUUGAAACUUCCAAAACUCACGAUGCUCAAGCUAUUUAUGAGAAAAGCAUUGAAAUUAACAAAGAACUAGAAGGAAAAGAAGACGAUAAAAUUUAUAGAGGUUUGAACAACUACACGCAGUUCUAUAAGAAAAAGGAUAGUGCUUUAGGAAACGCUGCCUCGGGAAUGGUACGGAAGGGCCCGAUUCGAGCACCGUCUAACAUAAGAUCCACCGUGCGGUGGGACUAUCAACCGGAUAUUUGUAAGGAUUACAAGGAAACUGGAUACUGUGGCUUCGGCGACAGUUGUAAGUUUUUGCACGACCGAAGUGACUAUAAGCACGGCUGGCAGCUGGAGCAGGAAGCUUCCACCACCGGCGGAACAUACGCGAAUGAUUCCGAUGACGGUGACGACACGAAAUACGAGAUUCACUCGGACGAGGAAGAACUGCCAUUUAAAUGCUACAUUUGCCGGGAAAGUUUCGUAGAUCCAAUUGUGACAAAGUGUAAGCAUUACUUUUGCGAAAAAUGUGCUCUGGCAAACUAUAAAAAGUCGACACGUUGCGCAAUCUGUGGAACGCAGACCAACGGAAUGUUCAAUCCGGCGAAAGAGUUGAUAGCCCGAUUAAAAGCGAAAGAGAUACAAGCGGAUGAUUCUGAUACUGAUUAG